CAAAUAGAUCACAGAAGCAGAAACUAUACACCUUUACUAUUUGGUGUUGAGAAGAGAAUCUAUGCUUGCUCACCAAGUGUUUGUUCCUUGGCCAAACAGAGGGUCCCACGCAAAACAACAAAACAAGCACAUAAAAUUUUCCCUUCUCUUUCUCUUAAUAAAUAGUUCUAAAAGUUGUUGAAGUAAACACUCUUUGGAAUUUUUUAUUACACCCUUUAAAGCCCAUACCAAACACUCAGCCCCUUCCAUUUGCCUACUGACACCUCUUUUUUAGCUUAUAUAUUGCUAUAUAUGCUCGCCGGGGAUGCCCACGCCGGUCAGUUCAGCCAGGCAAUGCUUAACGGACGAGGCUGCUCGUGUUCUCGACGAUGCUGUUGCUGUCGCCCGUCGCCGGAGUCAUGCCCAGACUACUUCUCUCCAUGUGGUAUCUGCUUUGCUUGCUUUGCCGUCUUCUAUGCUCCGAGAGGCUUGUGCACGCGCCAGAAAUAGUCCUUGUUCUUCGCGUCUGCAGUUUCGAGCGCUCGAGCUUUGUGUUGGGGUUUCUCUCGAUCGCUUGCCAUCGGCGAAAUCCCUAGACGAACCUCCAAUCUCGAAUUCACUUAUGGCGGCAAUCAAACGGUCGCAGGCUAAUCAGCGGAGGCACCCCGAUAACUUCCACUUGCAGCAAAUUCACUGUAACCAGCAACCUGCGUCGGUUUUGAAGGUCGAACCUAAGCACUUUAUGUUAUCCAUUUUGGAUGAUCCAAUUGUUAGUCGGGUGUUGGGCGAGGCAGGGUUUCGGAGUUGCGAUAUUAAGUUAGCCAUUAUCCACCCGCCGGUGACGCCGACUUCGAAAUUCUUGCGUACUAGGUGCCCGCCGAUUUUCCUUAGUAAUUUGCCUGGUUUGGACCUUGGUCGAUCCCGUUUGAGCUUCCCCUUUAGUGUGCUCGAUGAUGGGGAAGAGAACUGUAGGAGAAUUUGUGAGGCUUUAGUGAAAAGAAAUGGGAAAGGGAAAAACCUGUUGCUUAUUGGCGCUUGUGCUAUUGAUGCUUUAAAUAGAUUUAUCGAAUGUGUAAAUACAGACAGAGGAGGAGCUUUGCCAAGCGAGAUUUCUGGAUUAAGCGCUAUAUCCAUUGAAAAUGAGAUUAUUGAGUUCGUUAGCGAAGGACGGAACGAUAGAGAGAAGAUGGGUUCCAAGUUUGAGGAGUUGCGGCAUAAACUGGAGCAGUGUUCAGGCCCGGGUAUUGUGUUGAGUGUUGGAGAACUGAAGGCUCUGGUCGACGAGAAUGCGUCCAGUGGUGCUUUGAGUUAUUUGGUUUCGAAGUUGACGGGUUUAUUGGAGGGGUUUAGAGACAAAUUGUGGUUGAUGGGAGCUGCAGCAACAUAUGAAACAUAUUCCAAAAUUUUGGGGCAGUUUCCAGCUAUAGAAAAGGAUUGGGAUCUUCAUCUUCUACCCAUCACUUCUUCUAAAAGCCCUAUGGAUUGUUUGGGCUCCAAAUCUAGCUUGAUGGGGUCCUUUAUCCCAUUUGGUGGUUUCUUCUCUAUACCAUCUGAUCUCAAAUAUCCAUUGCCCAACAUAAACCAAUCCAUCACCCGAUGUCCCCUUUGCACUGCAAAGUAUGAGCAAGAAGUUGCUGCUCUGCUGAAGAUGGGAUCUACAAUUUCGGUUGCAGAUCAAUACUCAGACAACUUACCUUCUUGGUUACAGAUGGCCCAGCUUGACACAGGCAAGGGAUUGGAUGCUGCUAAGACCAAAAAUGAUGGAACAGCAUUGGAUGCUAGGAUUUUGGGGCUGCAAAAGAAAUGGAGUGAUAUCUGCCAAAGACUUCAUCAUGCUCAGCCUUUCUCUAAACUUGAUAUUUCCCAGGAUAGAUCCCAAGCAUCAGUUGCAGAGGGCUUUCAGUUUGCAGAUAGGAAGGAAAGUAGCAGCAGUAGCUGCAGCAGAGAUUCAUCAUUUAAUGAAAGUCAAUGUGCAAAUCUAAGUCUUGGUUUACAUAUGGACUUGCAGAAUGUUUUUCCAAAAAAACAUAGCAUCCCAAUAACGGUGGCUUCUGAAGCUGAGCCUGUUAAUUACCAAUUUAAACUACUCAAAGAAGCAUCAAAAGGUCAGCAAAAAGAGAAAGAUAUUCCUUGGUUUACCCCUUUUAGUUUGCGCAAUAUGAGUGUGCCUGCUGACCACACGACAUCUUCACUUGUCACUUCCAUAACCACAGAUUUGGGGUUAGGAACACUUUACGCAUCGAGUUCUCGGGAGACAGAUACUCCAAAGUUAUGUAAUCAUAGAGAGCAUUUUCAGGAUAUGUCAGGUUCUAAAUCUUUUGAGUUUGGAGUUAAAGACAGUAGUUCGCAUAUCAUAAAAUCUUCAUGUUCUAAUCCUUCUUUAGGAGCACAUUUCGGUUCAAGAGAUUACAAAUCAAUCAGGAAAGCGCUUACUGAAAAAGUUGGGUGGCAAGAGGAUGCCAUACAUGCUAUUAGUCAAGCGAUAACUCGUUGCAAAGUGGGGUAUGGAAGACAUCGUGGCUCAACUGCGAGAGGAGAUAUUUGGCUCAAUUUCAUUGGACCUGACAAAGUUGGGAAGAAAAGAAUUGCUUCUGUGCUUGCUGAGAUAAUCUUUGGUAGCCAAGAAAACCUGGUCUCUGUGGAUUUGAGCUUCCAUGGUGGGGUUAGCCCAUCAAACUCAGUCUUCGAAUGCCAAGAGUUAAAUGACUACGAUCUGAAAUUUAGGGGGAAAACAAUUGUUGAUUAUAUUGCAAUGGAGUUGAGUAAGAAGCCCCAUUCUGUCGUACUCCUUGAAAAUGUUGACAAAGCUGAUUUUCUGGCCCUGACUAGUUUGUCCCAGGCAGUGAGAACGGGUAAAUUUCCUGAUUCCCAUGGGAGAGAAAUCGGCAUCAACAAUAUGAUUUUUGUGACAACAUCAAAAAUUGCAUUGGGCAAUAUAAAAUUUCUACCACAUAAUGAAACAAUUAAGUUAUCCGAAGAAAACAUUCUUCGAGCCAAAAGCUGGCAAAUGCAAAUAUUAAUUGAACAUGCUGCUGAGGCUGCCAGAAGGAGCAAUGAAAUGAACGUGAAGAUUUCAAGAAAAUUAACGUCCAGUGCGUCAUCUGUGUAUAAAAGAAAGCUGGAUGAAACCACCAAAUCUGCAGAAGAGGAAUUCAGUUAUGAGGGUAAGAAACGCGCGCAUAAACUGUUGGGAUCCUUUCUGGAUUUGAAUCUCCCUGUAGAUGAGGCUGAAGACAACACCAAUUCUGGUAGUUGCGACAGUGAUUCCAUCUCUGAAAGUUCAGAAGCUUUGUUGGAAGAUUUCUUUGAUCAAGUUGAUGAGAAUGUAUUAUUCAAGUCAUUUGAUUUUGAUGCUCUUGGUGAGAAAAUAGUGAGGGAAAUCAGUAAACAAUUUCAAAAAGCAUUUGGAUCUGAGAUUUCACUAGAGAUUGAUGAUGAAGUCAUUCUGCAAAUAAUUGCAGCUUCUUGGUUAUCCACCAGAAGCAGAGCAAUGGAGGACUGGAUCGAAAGUGUCCUUGGCAAAGGCUGCAGUGAAGCCCGGGAUAAGUGCUGCAGUAAUGUUCAGUAUGUUGUAAAACUAGUUAGUUGUAAAGGCCUUUUGGCGGAUGAGCGAGCUCCUGGAAUAUGUCUACCUUCCAGAAUUAAUGUGUAAACUGAUUUUCUUGCUUACCAAUGUUUCUUGUAAAUUAUAUGUAAUGUAGCUUUUAGCAUAUUGCUUCAGCAUGUGAAAUGCCUUUUUUGGUUAAUUAAUGCCAUAAAGUUUAGGGCAUUUGUUGUCCUGUUACAA